AUGGAUCUGGUGGCGGUCGCUGUCCUCUGCGCCUUCUUGCUGCAAGCGCUCACGCUCGCGCUGCUGUUGACCUUCGGCAUCUGCCGCCUCUGCAAGCAGGAUGCUUCAGUGAGAGGCUUGCUGAUGGGAUUCUCUCAGCACUUCAUCUGCAACUUUCCUGAGGGCAGGGCCGCGGCGCAGCUCCAUGAAACGCAGUGCAGGCUCCUGGUUAGCGCCAGCGCAUUCUUCCUCGUCACUAUCUCCGCGCGAUUCGUCGCCCUGCAGUAUAGAUAUUUCAGUAGCCUGACUUCGGAGAUCUCUCUUGUGCAUGAGAUGUCAUCCUUGGCAAUGUACAUCCUGUCGCUUUCAUGGUUCGCCUGUGGCCGCAUGCUGAUCUCCCCUCGCACUUUGGAUGCAUGGUCCAUCCUGGGCUUCAUAUGCGUGUUCCCCAUGCAGAUGGCUGAAGAACGACAAUCUCUCACCAGCCUGCUGUCACAUGGGGCGCUGGGUUUCCGGCUGCUCUUCAGCCUGACCGCAAGGCGCUUCUGGCUGGCAUGCCUCUGCAAUGUGAUCUACUUUCUGACUGUGCAAGCUCGGAGCCCGCAUCGCCCCUUCACGAACGAUCGUUUUUCAGAAGCGUUUAUAAACGUGGCCAUUUUCUGGCUUGCCUACAUUAUGAGGCAACACAUGUACUCCAACUCAUGCAUGGCCUUGCAGCUGAAAAACAGCACUGUCGGCCUGGAAUCCGCCCUGCGGCUCCUCCGGGGCUUUUGCGAUGCGGUGGUGGAGCUCGACGAGUCCCUAACACUUUGUGGGGACUUCAGCCAGCUCUCCACCAUGUUGCUGCACGGCAGAGGAGAAGCGGGCGGACAGUCGCGGAGCAAUGACUUCAUCAGCUACUUCUGCCCCGCAGAUCGUGACCACAUUGCGGCUUGCCUGCGGCAGGAUGACAGCACUCCGAUCCCACAGGCGCUGCAUGCCAAGAUGAUGGACUCACUCUCGAACCAGUUCGAGGUGGAGCUGCUGCACAUCCGCUACCGCCACCCCGAGGGACAUCUUCGACAACUAGUUGGUGUGCGAGAGUUUCCGGACCUCUCCGCUGUGGCUCCGCUGUCCGACAUCCUGGAGGGGCGUCGAAGGAGCCGAGAUUCCAGCACAGGCACGGAGAAGGAGCUGUCGGUCCUUCUCUUCGACACCUCGUCCUUCGACGUGCUCGCGUUGGAUGCAGCCAUUGGGGAGGCUGUUGGACUGGCUACAGGCGCAGACGUCGGGGAAGGUCUGGCACUUCACCAGAUCCUCCGGAAAAGGGAGUGUUCCCAGCUUCAAGAGGUGUUCAACGAAAUGAACUUGGAAGAUUGCGAGAGGCGGAUCUCAGUGGACCUUGACCUCAAUCUGCAGUGGGGCCGAGGGCGACACCUGCGUGUGGAGCACGAUGCGUUCUUAUGCACUUGGGUAUGCAGCCUCUUUGUGGAGAUGCCCGCGCUGCCUCCCACUCUGGACACCAACAGUGCUUUCCUUGAGUUCGCCCCAUCAUCCCUGAAGACUAGGAAAUCCAGGCCAAGCAGAAUGUUACGGAGCAGCCGAAGAAAUGGCAGGAGGAACUCGGAUUCAGGAAGUUCGAGAGAAGGCAGCAUUGCAGAGCUUCAUACGGGGAGCCUUGUCUCACUCUAG